CGCGAAAUGAACCCAACCAGCACCGAUGGCAACUGCAGCGCCAACAGCGCCACGAACGCGACCUGCCUCACCUCCACCUUCGGCAACUGCUGCUCCGCCAAGGGCUACUGCGGCUCGACCAGCGCCUACUGCGGUGAAGGCUGCCAACCGGGGUACGGCAAAUGCAGCGACGCCUCCAUCCCAGUGGUCAGCACGACGGGCUCGUGCGGCGAGACGGCCACCCGCAACACCACGUGUUUGGGCAGUGUGUACGGCGAUUGUUGCUCCGGGCUGGGGUAUUGUGGGGGCAAUAGUAGCUAUUGUGGUCAGGGGUGUCAGUCGUUGUAUGGGAGUUGCAGCGGGAAUGAGGGGUCCUCGACGACAGGGAGCACGGCGACGAGUACGGAGACGCGUACAGCAACGGGGACAGCAGCAGCGACGCAGGCUAUCUCGACGGACGGAUCCUGCAGCAAGGAGGUCACCUGUAUCGGGAGUGAAUGGGGGGAUUGCUGCUCGGGCCAUGGCUGGUGCGGCGGGAAUGCCAGUUACUGUGGGGUGGGCUGUCAGCCCGACUUUGGGCGGUGU